AUGCCAGCAGAUAGCAUUCGCAGCGACUUAACGUGUGAGUCGGUCACGCAUAGUGUAAAAUCAUAUAAAGGACGUGGGCCUCACGACCAGUUAGACGAAUUUAUGCCACCUCGAGUUCCUCAGACUGCACCUGAUGCUCAGAGGAAGCAUCGUAGUAAAUCUGGUGAUACAGAAAUAAUAUCGAUUGUAUCCUCUAAAAGAGCAAGUAUGCGUAGACUGAAGGACCCGGAGUACUUAGUUGUCAGAAGACAGCGAAGGGGUCUUUUUGCCCAAUUGUCGCUGAUACCAGAGCUCAAUGAUGCCCGAGAUUAUCCAGAGAAGGUAAAAAAAAUAAUAGUGUUCAUCAUAGCUUUUUCCUCAAUAUUGGGACCAAUGGGUACUUCAAUUAUCUUUCCAGCGAUUGGACCAAUAACGCAAUCUUUCAAUACGACCACAAUCAUGGUGAAUGUUUCGGUUGGUGUUUAUUCUUUGAGUAUUGGGAUAUUUCCGCUGUGGUGGUCUUCGUUUUCUGAAAUGCAUGGAAGGAGAACUGUUUAUAUCAUAUCCUUCGCCAUGCUAUUUGUUUUCUGCAUUGCAACGGCAGUCUCCCCUAAUAUCAAUGCUUUCAUAAUAUUGAGAGUACUCUGUGGUGCCGCGUCAGCAUCAGUGCAAUCCGUGGGAGCAGGUACUAUAUCAGAUCUGUACAUCCCAGAAGAGAGAGGUAAAAAUUUGGGGAUUUAUUAUUUAGGCCCCCUUAUGGCUCCUCUACUCUCACCCAUUAUUUCUUCGUUAUUACUCACAAGAUGGUCGUGGAGAUCUACUCAAUGGUUCACGGUCAUUCUUUCAGGCGUCGAUGUACUAUUAAUUGUAUUUUUUUUACCUGAGACCCUUAGAAUACAAGAUAACAAGAAUGCUAUUGCGAUGAUGUUAUUGUCGAGAAUGAAGAAAGCUGAAGAUAGUGUUGACAUUAGUGAAGAAACAAGGACAUAUGAUGCAGUAAGUGAGAUGAACGCAGAUACAGGCUUAAAUCCCGAUGAAAACCAGAGCAAUAAUUAUUCAUCAAAUCACGAUAAUUUGCAAGAAGAGAUACAUUCAGACACAUCUUCAACAAGCACAAAUCAAUUUGAUAAUCAUUCUAGACAGAUUGACAAGGACAUCGAAGGGCACCCAGAUAAUGAAGAUAAUGAAUCGGAAAUCAAAAAAAUAAUGACGGGCGCUAGUAGCAUACGGGAUUAUCCUGCAAUGAAUCACAACAUUGAUGUGGGAGCCCCACAAAUGUCUCGAAUUCAAUCUCAUGAUCCAAAAUUGGAACUUCAAAUGAGAGAACACGAUAUAGCAAGAAUGAAGACAAAUAUGGAGGAAGAAUUGAACAGACUAGAGACGGCGAAGACAAAUAUCUCAAAAAAAAGUGGCUUAGAAAACCGUUCUACCAAGUCUCAAUGCAUAAGACAUGCGCUGUAUAUUUAUUUCUUAAGGCCGAUGAAAUCAGUUUACUUUUUAAAAUAUCCACCAGUGUCAUUAGCUAUCACAUUUUCUGCAAUAUCUUUUGCAGUAUUAUACUUCGUCAACAUGACAAUCGAGUACGAUUAUUCAAGACCGCCUUACAAUUUUAAACCAUUAUACGUUGGUUUACUCUAUAUUCCAAAUUCAGUAACAUAUAUCUUUGCAUCCAUCUAUGGAGGAAAAUGGGUAGAUGCGCUUUUGAAAAAUUACAAAGUCAAACAUGGAAUACUGGCACCAGAAGCCCGUAUAUCAUGGAAUGUGGUCACAGCACUAGUAUCCUUCCCAAUCUCGUUGCUUAUUUUCGGAUGGUGCCUUGGCAAGCACUGCCAUUGGGUAACACCUCUCAUAGGAACGGCUCUAUUUGGGUAUGCAUCAAUGAUGAUUAUCGGAGCAACAGUUUCAUAUAUUGUGGAUUCUUUGCCUGGAAGAGGUGCAACAGGUGUUGCAUUGAACAACUUGAUCAGGCAAACAUUAGCUGCAGUGGCUAUUUUUGUGACUGAGCCAAUGCUGACAGGAAUGGGGACAGGAUGGGCCUUUACAAUGCUCACAUUUAUUAUCAUGGCAGCUAGUGGCGUCCUGAUUUUCUUGAAGAAAAACGGUGAAUACUGGAGAGAAAACUAUGAUUUAAAAGCGCUUUAUGAUCAAGUAGAGUAG